GGAGGUCAAGGGGGCGGAGCAUAUACCAUUGGGCUCAGUCUACGAUGUCACGUGGCUCAAGGACUUGUUGGUGGAGUGCCAGGCGGGAACAUUAGAAAGCUUCCCCUCGGAUCUGGCCAAGAUCGCUCAACUCACCCGGCUGAAAUUGAGCAGAUGUGGCUUUGAAACUGCGAUUGCUGAGUUGAGGGAGCUCACCAGGCUCGUAGAUUUAGAGCUUUCGUUUAACAGGAUGCAGUCAGUGUGGCCUCUUUCGUUCGAGACCCGCACUCGUCUAUUGAAGCU